UCAAGCCCGCCUCCUUCAAUGACUCAAGCCGAAGGACGGAGGAGAGCUUACGGAGGAUUCUCAGCGGCAACUGUGCCGUCAUCGUCAUUAUUGUUAUUCUUCUUUACGGAGAAAUAAAUAACAAUGGGCACCACCGACUCCAAACUGAAUUUCCGGAAAGCAGUGAUUCAGCUGACAACCAAAACACAGCCAGUGGAAGCCACAGAUGACGCCUUCUGGGACCAGUUCUGGGCCGACACCAGCACCACUGUGCAGGAUGUUUUUGCACUAGUUCCAGCUGCAGAGAUAAGAGCUCUGCGAGAGGAGUCGCCCUCCAAUCUGGCCACUCUGUGCUAUAAGGCCGUGGAGAAACUGGUGCAGGGCGCCGACUCGGGCUGCCCCUCGGAAAGGGAGAAGCAGGCGGUCUUGAACUGCACCCGCAUUCUGACUCGCAUCCUCCCUUACAUCUUCGAGGACCAGGACUGGAGAGGGUUCUUCUGGUCCACGGUGCCCGGCGCCGGGCGUGCCGGGACGGAGGAGCUGGACGAUGACGAAGGAGCUCGACCCCUGGCCGAGUCGCUUCUACUGGCCAUCGCCGACCUCCUCUUUUCCCCGGACUUCACCGUUCACAGCCACAGAAGAGGCCCGGACUCAGUGGAGAGCAUGCACUCCAUCGACAGCUGCGAAUACAUCUGGGAAGCGGGAGUGGGCUUUGCCCAGUCCCCCCCUCUGAACUACAUCCAUGACUUGAAUCGGACGGAGCUGCUGAGGUUGCUCCUCACCUGCUUUUCCGAGCUCAUGUACCUGCCCGCCUCACCAGACACCACUGUCCUCAACCCCUGGGUGACUUUUUUCUGCUCCGCUGAGAAUCGGCAUGCUUUGCCUCUCUUCACCUCUCUGCUCAACGUGGUGUGCGCCUACGACCCCGUGGGCUACGGCAUCCCGUACAACCACCUGCUGUUCUCUGACUACCGGGAGCAGCUGGUGGAGCAGGCGGUGCAGAUCCUCAUUGUGACUCUGGAGCACGAUCGAGCGAGGUCCCAGUGCCUGUCCUCUCCGUCCAGUGUGGAGGACCACGAGUCCACCGGGCCCGAAAACCUGUUUGUCAAUUAUUUAUCAAGAAUCCACAGAGAGGAGGACUUUGACUUUGUGCUGAAAGGCUUAGCUCGCCUGCUCACUAACCCUUUGACUCAAACGUAUCUGCCCAAUUCCACCAAGAAGAUCCAGUUCCACCAGGAACUUCUGGUGCUUUUCUGGAAGCUUUGUGACUUUAAUAAGAAAUUCCUCUUUUUUGUCCUGAAGAGUAGCGACGUGCUGGAUAUUCUGGUUCCAAUACUCUACUACCUUAACGAUGCAAGAGCUGAUCAAUCCCGUGUGGGACUCAUGCACAUCGGAGUGUUCAUCCUGCUGCUGCUGAGUGGGGAGAGAAACUUUGGCGUGCGCUUGAACAAGCCCUACGCCCUCCACGUGCCCAUGGACAUCCCCGUCUUCACAGGCACUCACGCGGACCUGCUCAUUGUGGUCUUCCAUAAGAUUAUCACCACGGGCCACCAGCGUUUACAGCCGCUCUUCGACUGCCUGCUCACCAUCAUCGUGAAUGUGUCUCCAUAUUUGAAAAGCCUGUCCAUGGUCGCGGCUAACAAGCUGCUCCACCUGCUGGAAGCCUUCUCCACCAGCUGGUUCCUGUUCUCUGCCGUCCAGAACCACCACCUUGUCUUCUUCCUGCUGGAGGCGUUUAACAACAUCAUACAGUACCAGUUUGACGGUAACUGCAACCUGGUGUACGCCAUCAUCCGCAAGCGCAACGUCUUCCACCAGUUGGCCAACCUGCAGUCGGACCCCGCCUCCAUCCAGAAGGCUCUGCAAAGAAAGAGGAAGUCGCCCGACGUCAUCUCCCGCACCAGCUCCCAGGAGACGGUGUCCAUGGAGGGUUCCCGACCUGCGGUGCCUGCAGAGCCUGGCACUCUGAAGGCCAGUCUGGUGGCCAUACCAGGUAUUGAAAAACUGACUGAGAAGUCUCAGGUGUCGGAGGACGGCACCAUGGUGUCCUUGCCAAAGAUGGAACACUCGGAGCAAAAUGCAGCCGCGGGAACCAGCGACACCGAGUCCAACUCAGGCCGAGACAAUGAAGAUGUGUUCUACACCGAAGCUGAAAUGGAGAGAAGUCGUUUGUCAAGCGCUUCUUCAGCAUCACCCUGGGCUCCCACAAAAGACUGGGUCCUUUCCUGGAAGUGCAAGCUGCCAUUACAGACCAUCAUGCGUCUUCUACAGGUGUUAGUCCCUCAGGUGGAGAAGAUCUGCAUUGACAAGGGUCUGACGGAUGAGUCCGAGAUCCUCAAGUUUCUCCAGCACGGAACGUUAGUGGGCCUGCUGCCCGUCCCUCACCCCAUCCUCAUCAGGAAGUACCAGGCCAACGCUGGCACCGCCAUGUGGUUCCGCACCUACAUGUGGGGCGUGGUCUAUUUGCGCAACGUGGACCCUCCCAUCUGGUACGACACGGACGUGCGCCUCUUUGAAAUUCAGAAGAUGUAGACGGUCAUCCCAACUUCGACGGACCGGAUCCCAAGUAAAACUGUGUUAAAUUUGCUUCUUACUGUAAAGUCAUCAUGAUGAUGCAUGUUUUGGGUAGCUCGUUAAGACAGCAUAAAGAGAAGAUAUUUAUCCUACUCAUCACUAUUGUCUGCGGAUUACGUCCGUGUUGUUUUGAACUGAAGAACGGGUGCGAAGAUGACUGCACUUUUGUUCCCGUCUUUAGAACGUCGUCAGACUUAGAAGUCAGCGUGCAGUCAGUCAAGUCGGACUUGUUUAAGGUAGCGCCACAGGAAGUCAUAGUUUUCAUCAGGUAACCGAGUUCGGGGUCAGGUGUUAUGCUAAUGAGCGUGUUGUCUUUCAUAUCACAGUUUUUUGGAGAUUACGCUCCAAGACGAGAUAUUAUAACCACGUUUAGCUUUAAAAACAACACCAUUUCCAUGAUAGACAAUUAAAGAUGUCCGAUAUCGGACUACCGAUAUAGUCGGCCGAUAAAUGCUUUAAAAUGUAAUACCGGAAAUUAUUGGUAUCUGUUUGAAAAAGUAAAACUUAUGAGUUUUUAAAAACGCCGCUAUACGGAGUAGUACACGGGCAUGCGGUGAAGUACAGAGCGCCAAUCAACCUUAAAGGCACUACCUUUGCGUGCCGGCCCAAUCACAUAACUACGGCUUUUCACACACACAAGUGAAUGCAAGGCAUACUUGGUCAACAGCCAUACAGGUCACACAGAUGGUGGCCGUAUAAACAACUUUAACACUGUUACAAAUAUGCGCCACACUGUGAACCCACACCAAACAAGAAUGACAAACACAUUUCGGGAGAACAUCCGCACCGUAACACAACAGAACAAAUACCCAGAACCCCUUGCAGCACUAACUCUUUCGGGACUGUACAAUAUACACCCCCCAACCCCGUCCACCUCAACCUCCUCAUGCUCGCUCAGGGAGAGCAUGUCCCAAAUUCCAAGCUGCUGUUUUGAGGCAUGUUAAAAAAAAAAUAAUGCACUUUGCAACUUCAAUAAUAAAUUGAUAAAUUAUUCAGUGCCAUCUUGGCAUUUUUUCCAUAACUUGAGUUGAUUUAUUUUGGAAAACCUCGUUACAUUGUUUAAUGCGUCCAGCGAGGCAUCACAACAAAAUUAGGCAUAAUAAUGUGUUAAUUCCACGACUGUAUAUAUCGGUAAUUAAGAGUUAAUAAAUAUCGGAAUAUCGGCAAAAAAAGCUAUUAUCAGACGUCUCUAUUGAGGAUACUUCAUCUUCCUUAGAAGUGAACUUGCACCUUCUUUCAUUGUGCUGUAACAGUAAAUAGUUUUUAUGUAUAAUAUAUACUCUUGUGUUUAAAAUCCUUAAAUUAUUCUGAAUAUAUAAAUAUAUUGAUAUGUGAACAAGUGUUUUGGAUUAAAUACUUGCAUUGGAAAGACUGAUUAAAACAUAUUGAAGUAAAAA